CGACGACGAGGCGGAUGAUGACGGAGACGAAGAAGACGACGACGCCGGAAAACGCCAUUUUGUUGUCGAACGGGAGCAGCGGUGAAGGAUCCAGAAGCGUUAGUAAAGGUGAGCCAAGAUGGGGAAUUUUGCUAGUCUGUUUAAAGGAUUGUUUGGCAAGAGGGAGAUGAGGAUCCUGAUGGUCGGACUGGAUGCUGCUGGAAAGACCACCAUCCUGUACAAGCUCAAACUAGGAGAAAUUGUCACCACAAUCCCUACCAUCGGUUUUAAUGUUGAGACAGUAGAAUUCAAGAACAUCAGUUUUACAGUGUGGGAUGUCGGCGGUCAGGACAAGAUCAGGCCACUCUGGAGGCAUUACUUCCAAAAUACACAAGGCCUUAUCUUUGUUGUGGACAGCAAUGACAGGGAGAGAGUCGGCGAGGCGAAGGAGGAGCUGAUGCGAAUGCUGGCUGAGGACGAGCUGAGGGAUGCCGUGCUGCUUGUGUUUGCCAACAAACAGGACCUGCCCAAUGCCAUGAAUGCAGCUGAGAUCACAGACAAGCUGACCCUGCACUCCCUGCGCCACCGUAACUGGUAUAUCCAGGCCACGUGCGCCACUAGCGGAGAUGGUCUGUAUGAGGGUCUGGACUGGCUUUCGAGCCAGCUGAAAAACGCGAAAUGAUCCGUCACUCCCCCUCCUGUCUGUCAUCUCUGUCUGCAGUGUAAUGGGAGACUGCACUGGUCCUGGUCUCACUCAUUCCUCUCUUUUCCUGUCUUUCCUCUGAAGAGUUGGACUUUUGGCCAGUGCUCCCCUGCAUCUGUGUACUGUAUGGGUGGGUUUGGAUGAGUGUUUUUGGAUGGAUGGAUGAAUGAAUGAAUGAAUGAAUGAACGUGUGUUUGUAUGUGUGAGCCGAGUGGGAGCAGCCCUGCUGUGCCUUGAACACAGUUAACUCUCAAACACCUCCUCCCUCCAGUGUCAGCACAUCCAAAGGUACUGGUUCCCACAAAGCAAAGGACGACAUGGGAUGUUGAGUCCUGUGUGUUAUCUCUCAAAAAUGUAAAAAAAAAAAAAAAAAAAUCUGUUAGUGCAUUAAAGGCUUUCUGAUAACGGUUCAUUCACCACAGUACCACAGUACACCACAGUGUAACCUGUCGUGUUUGAUAAAAAGAAAUUUUUACUUUGAAAAUUUUGCAGAUUUAAGUUUCAACUCUAAUUUUUCAGAUUUUUUGUUUUGAAUUCUUAAGGAUCUGCAGGUCCUGCUAACAGUCAUUCAGCUUCUGUCCCAGACGUUUCCACAUUCGUGGAAGCAUUUUGUCCGUUUUUAAAUCCCUGACCAUAUUUCUUUUCAUUAGGCCUCGUGUUUUACACACAGAGGUCUAAAAAGAUCCGUCAUGGCUGCAUUUAGAAAAAGCAAUAAAUGUUUUCAGAGCAUGUUUACAUUGGUGGAGGUGUGUUGAGUGUAGCUACAUCGUCAUUAGUGGAUGUGUGCAUCCUCUGGGUGCUGUGUGGGUUUCAGCUACAUCCAGCCCAUUGAAACGAUGAGGCCUUUUUUUCUUUUUUUUUUUUUCUUUUUUUAAAGAGUUGCUCCCACUCUGGCUUUUUAUUUACUAGUAGUCUUAUUUCCUCUUGAAUGUAGUUCUUUUGGUUAGGGUCUGUUUUAUGUUAUUGUUGUCUUUUGUUUUUUGUUUUUUUAAUGUUACUGUUGACGCACGCAUGACCUGGUUUACUUUAGCAUGAGCUGACGUGCCAGGUGUGCAGUCUUUUGAGUAAAAUACUCUGGGGACCAAUUGGUUUGAUUCAGGAAUUGGCUCAUUGUGUUUAGUUUUGGGGUUGUCUGCAGAGCGGGAGGUCACCUCCGUACCAUUGUGUUUUUUGUUCCAGAGGGCACACAUGCUCUUAACCCAAUUGUCAGCGCUGUGAUAGACGGUACAGUUGAAUUGGAAGCGUUUAGUCCGGCCUGCUGAAUGAGUCAGCACUAUAAAUGCCUCCUCAAUGCUUCAGGCUUCAUGGUGUUUUCCCUGCGUGUAUCCAGGGCGCUUCCCCUGGUCUUAUUUACAUCACGUCCCUCUAAUGCCGUUUGCACAACCUCACCAGCUUUGCACAACAUAGUCCUGUGAAGACAGUUGACAGAAGACAGUUUAUCCAUCAGCCAUCGCAAUGAGCCUGUUGACAAUAACCUGCCCAUUGCUCUACACCAGCAGACAGUAAACGUGAGAAUGUUACACCUGUUCAACAAGUAACAGAACAGAUACCCAUAUAUCCACUGAUCCCAGAUGCAAUUAAUAAGCAAACAAUCUUGAACAGCGCACACCCCUUACUGAGUGAAGAUGACUUUAAGGUCAUAUCAUCACACUGACCUCUAAAGGGAAAUUCAUUUUCCCCUUUUUGUCUUUCUACAACUGGAUAUUUAGACGUCUCCUCGGAAAUUUUGAGUAACCGAACUAAUCCUUUGGGCUUUCUUUCAUCCAUAGAGUUCAUACGUUACGUAAUGAACUCUAUGGAUACAGCAAGAAAUACAAAUGUAUAUAAUAUUCUGUAUGAAAAUGUAUUUUAACUUGACAUCAUCCACCGACCCUUGUUCAGAUGUGAAGCUUUAAUUUUCAAGACCGUUUCUGUACAAAUGUCAAGGUAUGUGCAUAUGUAUUUCUUAAGUACCUUUUAUGCUUUUUUUUUAAACUCAUCUUGUAACAUCUGAUAAAUGCACUAUAAUAAAGAGAUCUCUAUUGUA